AUGGCAUGCUUUAUUCAAGCAGCAUACUUACUUGAACUCGACAGACAAGAGAACAGAAACGAGCAAAACGCUCUAGCUCCAAAAUGGUGGAUUCCUUUCAAGUACAAGCUAACGCAAACGCUGAUCGACGAGAGAGACGGAUCAAUAUUCGGCGCGGUUCUUGAAUGGGACAGAGCAGCUGCAAUGGCAGAUUUAGUCGUCAUCAGACCAAGUGGAGCACCAAAAGCAGUACUUGCUUUGCGAGGAACGAUACUAAAGAGUCUCACAAUGAGACGUGACAUCGAAGAUGAUCUCAGGUUCUUAGCUUGGGAGAGCCUUAAAGGCUCAGUGAGGUUCAAUGUCGCUCUCGAGGCGCUUCAAUCAGUAGCAAAGAGAUAUGGAAGCAGUAACGUCUGUAUCGUUGGUCAUUCUUUAGGAGCUGGCUUUGCUCUACAAGUAGGUAAGGCCUUAGCUAAAGAAGGGCUUUUUGUGGAUGCUCAUUUGUUCAAUCCACCUUCUAUAUCUUUAGCUAUGAGCUUAAGAAACAUCGGUGAGAAAGCUGGUUGUGCUUGGAAAAGACUCAUGUCGAUGCUUCCUCCAAAAACCGAGACUUUGAUUCCAAAUGAAGCAGAGACUUCUCCUGGAAGUGUUUCAGGAGGGUUUAGGAAUUGGGUACCGAGCUUUUACGGGCAGAAUCAGAAACAGAAACCUUCUGUGGAUUUGAGAAAGUGGGUUCCUCAUUUGUAUGUGAAUGAUAGUGACUAUAUCUGUUGUCACUACACUGAUCAAGAUGGAGUAAGUGAGAAGAGAGAAGUGAGCGAUAAGGAGAACAAUAGUCCUGUUGUGAAUGCUAUUCCUCAAGCAGCUGCGAAGCUUUUUGUGAUGUCCAAAGGGAAACAGAAGUUUCUUGAGGCGCACGGGUUAGAGCAAUGGUGGUCUGAUAAUCUUGAGCUUCAGUCAGCUAUUCAUAGCAGCAGGUUGAUCAGUCAGCAGCUCAAGUCACUAUACAGUAUCAAGUAA